AUGGCGCAUGUUAAUGAAGAUGAGCUGCUCCGCACACCCGUCGAAGACGAGGAGAUGUUCGAUGAGAAUGUUGAACAAUUGCGUCAAGAAGUCGAAGGCCUAGGGCAGCAAGGCAAGGCGAGCGCCCACGAUAAUACGGAUAGCAGUGGAUCAGCGCAAGAUGCGCUUUUCAAAGACUUGGAUGCAAUCGAGCCGACCGUAUUGCGUGACUACGCCGAGAGACGGCUCAGAGAACUGUCAAGGAAUUCAACAAUCGUCGGUCACAGAUGUUAUAAUUGCGGAAAGAUGGGCCACUUAGCAAGAGAGUGCCAUGAAGCACCAACUCGGCAACAAAAUACUUCAACAGUAACUGAUACUCACAGAAUGCCCGGCCCAGCGUAUGCCUCUCGUAUAGAUAAAUGGAUGUGCACAACGUGGAACAACCCUCGGUCUAACUCAAGUCAGCUAUUCGGUGAGAAGCCGUUGGUAGAGAUAACGAUCUGUGGUAUAAAGGCGAAUGCGCUUUUAGACACGGGUUCGCAAACCACAAUCAUCCCAGUGAGAUUGCUAAAAAGAGCCGCAAAUGAAGGUGUCAACUUGGACGAAUACGUUGAACGGUUACCCAAACCCAAAAUUACGGUUCGAGAUGCGUCCGGAAAUGUGAUGAAGUUCUUUGACACCAUAUGCAUAGCAAUAACGUUAGAAAACCAGCUCGAGUUUGUGCCAGCCUAUGUAGGAAAAGGUUUCGACGAAGUAGUAAUACUGGGUACAAACGCGCUAGAGUUGUUCAACCUCAGGCUCUCCAAAGGCGCUGAUACACGCAAGGAACCUGAGGACGAAGGUCAAAUAGCUGGAGGCGUCAGCACAGGCCUCAAAGCAAGGGUUAAAAGUAGGGUUUUCGUUCCAUCGAAAGCAAUGCGAACCCUGACUUUGACAUGUGCACGAGCUGAUCUUCGGAAGUCGCCAUUUCUCUGUUCGUCUCAUCCACUCAUACCUGAUGGUGUAUGCAGUGCCACGGACAACGACGAAGUAAACAUACCUGUCAUCAACAACUCAAAUCAAGGAAUGGUAUUCAAAAAAGGAGAACCAAUAGGAGAAUGGCAAGUCAAAGACUGGGUUAAACCGAAGUAUGUCGAGCCUGAGAGGGACAUGUUGGAUCUGAACAGACCAAGAAAGUGGUGUUCCACUGAGAGCCGGAUAGAUACAUUAAUGGAGAUAAUCGAACAACAUAAUACUUUACCAUGUGAAGCAGUGAAGCUUCUGAAGGAAUUUAACAAUGUGUUUGCGGUCACUGAUGCAGAGCUCACCCAAACGGACUUGGUGGUUCAUGAAAUUGACACAGGAGACCACAAGCCCAUAAGACAGAAAACCAGGCCAGUACCCAUAGCAGCGCGGAAGGAAUUCAAAGGAGUCCUCAAAGACUUGGUGGAACGCGGCAUCGUGGAAAGAAGCUCUUCUGACUGGGCUUCUCCAGUAGUUCUCGUAAAGAAGAAGGAUGGCACACUCAGAGUCUGUGUUGACUACAGAGAACUCAACAAAGUCAUUCGUCAGGAUUCGUAUCCUUACCAAAAAUAG